UGACGUCUUGCCCAAUGUUGUGACGUAGGACGUAGUCAUUCGACAUUCGAGAUUUCCAGAACUGCUAGAGGAUUUCACAACAAAUGUGAAUCAUCUAUUGCCAAAGUACUCCAUAAUGUGAAUAUUUUUUGCAAACCAAUCAAGUAUGCCCAUCCAGGCACCUCAAUGGACAGAGUUCCUAUCAUGUCCAGUAUGUUGCAACUUAUUCGACGAAAAGCUCCGCAGUCCUAUAAGCUUGGGCUGUGGACAUACAAUAUGCAGAGGUUGUCUCUCCCAUUUACACAGAAAGCAGUGCCCAUUUGACCAAACAAACAUCAGCAUUGACAUUGAAAUUUUGCCUGUCAACUCUGCACUUUUACAACUUGUUGGACCAAACAUUAGAAGCGCACAUUAUGAAAUUGAUUGUAAAGUAGUACCUGCAGAAUUUUUAGACCAAUACUUGGAAUGUAAAAAAUGUGUAGAAGAUCUUGCUUUAUAUUUAAAACCCCAUCCAAGUGGAAGUGUUUGUGGAAGUGGAAGCAUUCUCUCGAGACCUAUGCAGAGGAAGCUAGUUACUUUAAUUAACUGUCAGCUAGUAGAAGAUGAAGGAAGGACAAGAGCAAUGCGAGCAGCUAGGUCUCUAGGCGAGCGCACAGUAACUGAGUUAAUUUUACAGCACCAAAACCCACAACAGUUAUCUGCUAAUUUAUGGGCUGCAGUGAGAGCAAGAGGAUGUCAAUUUUUAGGACCCGCGAUGCAAGAGGAAGUAUUAAAACUUGUACUGCUAGCUCUAGAAGAUGGCUCAGCCUUAUCCAGGAAAGUUUUGGUGAUGUUUGUAGUACAGAGAUUGGAACCACAUUUUCCACAGGCUUCCAAGACAAGCAUUGGACACGUAGUGCAGUUGUUAUACAGGGCUUCGUGUUUCAAGGUUUCCAAACGAGAAAGUGAUUCUUCUCUCAUGCAACUAAAGGAAGAAUUUCGCACAUAUGAUGCAUUGCGACGUGAACAUGAUGCCCAGAUAGUUCAGAUUGCUACAGAGGCUGGCCUAAGAAUUGCUCCCGAUCAGUGGUCUGCUCUACUAUAUGGUGAUGCAGCACAUAAGUCUCAUAUGCAGAGUAUCAUUGAUAAGCUACAGACACCUCAGUCGUUUGCACAGUCGGUUCAAGAGUUGGUAAUCGCAUUACAGCGAACAGGAGAUCCAGGAAAAUUAUCUGUCCUUAGAAAUCAUCUGGAGUUGUUGGCGGGAAUUGAUCCGAGUCCUGAAUCUUCUGCUCCUUCUUGGAGUGAAUGUUCUGAAUGUCUGGAAGCAGUUCGAUUAGUUGUAGCAGGUUUGGUAGACUUCAUUCACCAGCAUGGCAACCGGAAACUUCAAGACACAAAUCAUUCACAGCAUGCCAAGUACAAAAUAAGCAUGUGUCGUGACUUAACUUUAAGGGGCAGUUGUCCGAGAGGCGUGAAUUGUACUUUUGCGCAUUCACCUGAGGAAUUAGAAAAGUACAGAGCUAAGAGUCGAAAAACUGUCCCCAGAACCAAAGAUUAUCAUAUUGACAACCAGUCUCCUACCGAAAAGAACUAUAACUCUUCAGAUGACUACUACUCAGUACCAAACACAACGACUGUGAGUCCUGUUCCUUUACCUGCGGUUGUUCAGAUACCACGAAUGGGUUAUGAUGUUCCUUACCAUCCCAAUCCUACAUAUUCCCCUGCUCAACAGUUUCCUCAACCAGUGUAUCCACCACAAGCUGCCACAUUUCCUGUUCAUGAGAUAUAUCCAAGCAACCACAGUAAUGUAAUGGUAACCAACGGAGGACAUUACUAUCAGGCACAACAAGGAGAGUAUGUCAAUCACCAGCAGCCUCCUCAGAAUGUGGAUGUCAUGAAAAGGUCCAAUUGGGACGCAAUGAUAUCUCAAAUAGCAAAAAAUCAGAACUACUCACCACAACAGAAAUCUAAUCGUACCUCUACAAAAAGUCUGGCAGAGCUGCACCAAAGGAAACAAGAAGUUAUAUCCCAAUUGGAAAAAGUAGUUGGGAAAAAUGCUGCUACAGAAAUAUCUAACACAGCCAGCACUCUAGCUCGACAAGAGUCCCAACAUGAUUUGGAUAGCCCAACUUCACCUUACAAUUUCUGGACAGGGCAGAUAAUUACGGGACCAACUUUCGUGAGAUCAGACUCUAUAUUGGCCGCCGAUGAUGAUUAUGUACCUUAUGAAACAUCUUCAAUAAGCAAAUAUGGACCAAUCUCGAGAAUGCAGAAAGAUAAUGGGAUCAGUCAGUCUGUGUCUGCUGCAUUUCGAGAUACUCCUCCAUCAUUGGUAAGGAGGCCUGUAUCAUCUGAUAGUCCAGUGGCAUCUUAUUAUUACAACAACAAUAGUCAUUUCCACCAGGCACCAAUACCUGCUGGGCAUGCUCUUGUUGGUCCUCCUGGUACUGAGGGAUAUGUACAAUACAAUAAUAAUAACAUUUAUUGUCAAGCAUUAAGCCAAGGACACAACAAUGUCAGGGAUUUAUAUGGAUCCCAACUUUUGAUCCAUCAUCCAAGACUGCAAGAUCCAUCUAAAGAACUAAUAGCAGAGUCACACAGAGUCAAAAUACAACUUCGCAAUCUAGAAAAACAGUUGAAUGACUUGAAAAUAGCGACUCAGGGUGUAACGAACCUGAGCGACAGUGAGAGGCUCACACAAGAACUUCAGUUGAUUGAACAGGGUAUUCAGGAAAAGCAGAAAGAGGCAUGUUUGAACAAGAUUGUUCAUUCACUGAAAGCGAUGGGAAAUUACAAUAAUGGUAACCCAUCUGUGACGUCAGAAGAUGCAAUGUAUGAAGCUGAUAUAGCCAACGACAUGAGAAAACUUGAGUUGAGACUACAAGAAGAAUUGGAAGAGUGGAGUGGUGAAGAUUCGCCCAAGUAAAUAGCUGAACCCAAUGGGUUUUUUCCUUUUUAUGAUGUCUAAUCCGAUUUGAUUUUGAAUUGUGUAUUCAUCACAUAAAGGUGUAGCUCAAUAAGUAGGUAUUGUGUGAAUUGGGAACUAGAAAUAACCUCUUUUACAUUUUUUUGUUGUUCUCCUGGAAUCCCAAAAUUAAUUGAAUUAUUUAUUUUUAUUUAGUGGUUUGUCGAAGUAUUCCCAUUGGGAAACAUUUUCUUGAAACGGUUUCUCUGCUAUACCUACUUUUUGAUUUACGCUGAAAUUCUUUUUACUUGUUUUGUUAUUCCUAUUAUUUAUGUGUGUUAUAUACAUAUGAAGUGGUAUAUCGUACCUCUUAAUACAAAUAAUUAUUUUGUCAUUGCAAAUGUAAAUCUAUUGAUUUUCAGAUAUCGUGAUAUUUUUCAGAAAUUUUUGUUUUAAACUUUUUUUUGUAAAUAUAUAUGAGCUUUAAUGACUCACAGUUAUAAUAUUCUAAAUGAAUAAUUCUGGUUCGCAAAUAUAUUUCUCUAGCACAGAAGUCGAAUGUAAAACACACAUAAAAUGGGUGUAGUGUUAUUUCUGAAGUUAGAGAACUGCAUAAAGUGCAUCAUUCUCCAAUGUGCAAUAAAGUUGAUACUUUGGUCAUGAAAAUGAAAGAGUUGUAAAAGUUAAACUUGUCAUUUCAAAAAUGAUUCAAAAAGUAUUACUAAAUGUUCUUUGGACGUCAUUAUUCACAUUAAACACGAACUUAAUGAUGCAUUUCAAUUUUUAAUGAAUUUGACGGCUAGUUAUUCCAGUUUUAGUGGAAAACUGGGUGCGGGAGGUCUUGAGGAUAUAUUCUCUCAUCAGUAAUGAAUAUAUCAGUUUUCAAUUUGUCAGUGCUAAUUACGAUUAUGUACACUGCACUUAAUAAUUUUGUUUAAUGAAGAAUUGUAUCUAUUCCUCAAAACCUUUUCAGCAAUUUGUGAAACGGUUUGUGAAAUGUCAUCUAUUUUAAUCAUACUGUGUGUGGUUGGUAUAUCAAUGUUAUGAGUUGAUAUGAAUAAUAUAUUUUAUUUAUAAAUGUGCAUUUGUUUGAAAAUGCAACAAAACUGAA